UACAGCUAGGAGCUAGCAACCGUAGUGUGAGACACAUUGGAACUGCAAUACAGACACCUAGGUCUCGAUUAUGUCUGUUUUGCUGCCUGUAUUGUCAAAGAGAGGGCUAUUUAUUUUAUAGUAUGGUACAUAUCGUUGGAUUUAUUUAUUGACAAAGGUAGCUAAUAUCUAUUGUUAUUUAUUGCUAGUUACUUAUCUAGGUAGCUAGCUAUCAUUAGCUGGCUGGCUAGCUAUAGAUUUUGUAUUGCACCGCCACAGCCCUUUUUCCUUUCUCUACUUCAAUGAUUGUCCUAUCCAUAUUCUCAUGGCGGAGACUAAAAUAAUCUAUCAUAUAGACGAGGAGGAGACUCCUUAUUUAGUGAAAUUGACAGUACCUCCUGAAAAAGUGACUUUGGCAGAUUUUAAAAAUGUCCUCAACAAUCGCCCAGUCAACAGCUACAAAUUCUUCUUUAAAUCUAUGGAUCAAGAUUUUGGGGUCGUCAAGGAAGAGAUCUCCGACGACAACGCCAAGCUGCCCUGCUUCAACGGGAGAGUGGUGUCAUGGCUGGUCCUGGCAGAGAGCUCACAUUCGGACGGGGUGUCCCUAUGUACAGAGAGCCACCCGGAGCUGCCCCCGCCCUUGGAGAGGACAGGGGGCAUCGGGGACUCCAGACCUCCAUCCUUCCACGCACACGCGGUAAGCAGCCGCGACGGCCUGGACGCUGAGACAGGCAGCGAGUCCCUGCUCAGCCACCGCAGAGAGAGGGAGCGGGAGAGGGCCCGGCGGAGGAGAGAAGCAGAGUUCCCCCGGGUGAACGGCCAUUCCAAGACGGAGCGCCCGGCCCGCGACUCGGCCAUGGGCUGCGACAGCGCCUCCAUGAUGAGCAGCGAGCUCGAGUCCAGCUCCUUCAUCGACAGCGAGGAAGAGGAGGACGCCAGCAGGCUGAGCAGCUCCACGGAGCAGAGCUCGUCCUCCCAGCUCAUGAGGAGACACAAACGACGCCGUCGGCGACACAAAGUGCCCAAAAUCGACCGGUCCUCUUCGUUCAGCAGUAUUACAGACUCCACCAUGAGCCUCAACAUCAUCACAGUCACCCUCAACAUGGAGAAGUACAACUUCCUGGGCAUCAGCAUUGUGGGGCAGAGUAACGACCGGGGGGAUGGUGGGAUCUACAUCGGCUCCAUCAUGAAGGGGGGUGCCGUGGCGGCCGACGGGAGGAUCGAACCGGGGGACAUGCUGCUCCAGGUGAAUGACGUGAACUUCGAGAACAUGAGCAACGACGAUGCCGUCAGGAUCCUCAGGGAGAUCGUCUCUAAGACCGGUCCAAUCAGUCUGACAGUAGCCAAGUGCUGGGACCCCUCUCCCCGCAGUUACUUCACCAUCCCCCGAGCUGAGCCUGUGAGACCCAUCGACCCUGCAGCCUGGAUCUCUCACACGACGGCACUGACUGGCUCCUACCCGCAGUACGAGUUUGACGACCUGCCGCUGUCAGUCAGCAAGACGGACAUGGCCACCAUCGUCAAGGUGAUGCAGCUGCCGGAUUCGGGCCUGGAGAUCAGAGACAGGAUGUGGCUGAAGAUCACCAUCUCCAAUGCCAUUAUUGGUGCGGACGUGGUGGACUGGCUGUACUCGCGGGUGGAGGGCUUUAAGGACCGGCGGGAUGCGCGGAAGUAUGCCAGCAGCCUGCUGAAACACGGCUACCUGAGACACACCGUCAACAAGAUCACCUUCUCCGAGCAGUGCUACUACACCUUCGGAGACCUGUGCCAAAACAUGGCGUCCCUGAAUCUGAACGAAGGCUCCAGUGGAGGCGGCUCGGAGCAGGACACCCUGGCCCCCUUACCCCCACCUGCCACCAACCCCUGGCCCCUGGGGGGGCAGCCGUUCCCCUACCCAACCUUCCCCAGCGCCCCGCCUGGCUUCCCCCCGGGGUACUCAGACCCCUGCCACAGCUUCCACAGUGGGAGUGCAGGGAGCCAGCAGAGUGAGGGCAGCCGAAGCAGCAGCUCAAACCCCAGUGCCGGGAAAGGCCGACGCCCCUCCCCGCGAGAGAAGGACCGCAAGUCGACGGGCAGCGGGGGCAGCGAAUCAGAGCUGGGCACUCGGGGAGGGAGGCGGAGCGAGAGGUCAGCCAGCCAGAUGAGCCACCGCAGCCACGCCCACUCGACUCGUAGCCACGCUCACUCCUCCCACAGUCACGCUCACUCCUCCCACAGUCAUGCCCACUCAGCACACAGCCACACCCACUCUGGCUACAGCCACGGGCACUCCCACCGGAGCCACGCCCCCUCCCACCGGAGCCACGCCCACUCCACCCACCGGAGCCACGCCUCUUUCUCCUACAGUCACGCCCCGUUUACCCAGCCCGGCCACGCCUCCUGCACUCACAGCGAGCGAAGCCACGCCUCCUCCUACGGCCCCCCGGGGCUGCCCCCCCCUUACAGCCUGGCCCGAUUGGCCCCCAAGCCUCCGUCCAGCUGCGGCCCCCCAGGGGCCCCACCGGUGCGCGAGCUGGCCGCCGUCCCCCCGGAGCUCACCGCCAGCCGCCAGUCCUUCCAGCACGCCAUGGGAAACCCCUGUGAGUUCUUUGUUGACAUCAUGUGACUGGGCGCGGCCUUUCUUUAACAGGACUGCUCUGCUGCUUGUCCCCUCCAGCCCCACCUGCCCUUGGACAUAGCUAUGACCCCACCACCUGUCCUCGAAGGCACCUAUGAUACCCCACUCCUACUGUUUUUCAAUAUAGCAGUUUCCUCUCCGCACAUUCAACCCUAAAGUGUCAAAUCUAGGACAGAUACGGGACCACACAGCUGGGUCAUAAUGGGCCUGCUCUGCGGGCCUUCUGACUGGCCCAGGUCUGGAUCUCAAUCCCCAGACCUGGAACUACACUGCCCCACCCACCUGGAGCUCUGACGAAACUACAUUUCCCAGAAUGCUCAGACCCUCCCCCCAGUUACACCAGAGGUCAGCCAAAAAAAUUGGCAUAGAUCUGGGUUCAAAUGCAAGGUAAACUUGAAAAGAAAAACUCAAGACUGUUUGCUUUUUUUUUGCCAAUACAGGAAGGAUCAAUCCUAAGACUGAGGUCAGAGAGAAGUGUGUUGUAAUUAGCUUUUUAAAAGAUGCAUUGUGGCCAUAAACAAAUGUUUGAAAACAGGGUGGCAUUGUUCCUGCUUCCAACGAACAACUGGAGUCUUUAAGAAAAUACUAAAAAGAAAUAUUGGGGAAUGCCUUUGUAUUUAUUGUAGUGUUACAGUUGCUGUGUCAAAUGUUUUCUCUCUGUGUAUUGAUUCAGACACAGGUGGACUGACCAGACAAUCAGACAGUUCCCCAUUGUGGGUCUGUAUCCUGGUGCUAGCGGAGAUUCCCCCAGGUCACAUCCUGUUACAGGUUAAAGGUCACAUCCUGUCAUGUCGUGAGCCUAAAGUAUAGCCUCUGCUACAAAGUGUUUCCUUUUGAACAAAAUAAUUCACACAGUUCGUGUCUUUUAUCAAGGUAAUGUGUAUACUUUCUGGCUCAGUCUGCCUCAGAACAAUUCAGCGUGCUACCGCAUGGCUUUAACACAUUGAUAUUUCUCUGACUGCAAAUCCCAAACUAACAAGUCUAGUGUUGGCCUAAAGCUUUAUACUGUCCAUCACUGGGGCUUUGUUUAAGUGAAACCACAAAGACAACAACCAAAGCCGCACGUCUCUGUGUCUCCCUGUGCACCAUUUAAAGUAAAUCUACUCAACGGGCCAGUUCAAUCUUCCUGUGCUGGGGCUUGUCCUGGGCUUCGAACAAUGGUUUUAAAACUUUAAAAAUGUUUUUAUUGUACAUACAACUUUUGUUUUUAUUUAUGUCAAUGACUGCCAAAUUCUGUUGUUCUCAAAGUGGCAAGAAAAGGUAACUUGAAGUGUAUUGCUCGAAGGUACGGGCAAGCCUCAAAACAGGAAGUUUGAACAGCCUUGUAGUAAUGUAGGAGAGCAUGAUGAGAGGUUUCCACUUGGCCAUUGUUAAAUAUUUUCCUUAUAAAUGACAUUUUGAAAUAGUGAGCGAUCGUGAAACGCCACGCACAACAGACUGCCCCGUAGGAAAGCAUUGUGUGAGCACUUUUUAGAACGUCUCACUGUCCCCUUUGCUAUGAAGCACUGUUUGCCAUCAGAAGUGUCUGAAUUCCUCUUUUCCUCAAAAGUUGAAGAGGCUUAAAAAAAGUUAUGUACAGUAUAAAUAUAUUGUAAAUAUAUGAGAAAUAUAUAUGUACAAAGACAUGGUCUGGCAGUUUUUGUAAACUGAUACAUUGUAAAUGUAUACAUUGAAAGUGGUGUUUGAAUAUGCUUUCAUUUGGAGAAUUUUUUUUUUUCUUUGUCACUGAACUAUGUUUUUUAAAAGUGCCAGAUUGUUCUGCAUUUCCUCAUGUUAACUGUUCUUUAUUCAAAGAAUAAAAACAACAUGAACUGUG